AGUUAGGUUAUCGGUGGUGAUUCGGAACGUCUCUUUUUGGGUGUCGGAACUCGUAGCUGUCCUGCAGAAUGUUGGGCUCCAAGAACAUGCCCUGGCGGCGACUUCAGGGCAUUUCUUUCGGGAUGUAUUCGGCCGAAGAGCUCAAGAAAUUAAGUGUUAAAUCCAUUACGAACCCUCGAUACUUGGACAGCCUGGGGAACCCAUCUGUGAAUGGCUUGUAUGAUUUAGCUUUGGGCCCUGCAGAUUCCAAAGAGGUGUGCUCCACCUGUGUGCAGGACUUCAACAACUGCUCUGGUCAUCUGGGCCACAUCGAGCUCCCGCUGACGGUGUACAACCCCCUGCUUUUCGAUAAACUCUACCUGCUGCUCCGGGGCUCCUGUUUAAACUGUCACAUGCUGACUUGCCCCCGGGCUGUGGUUCACCUCUUAGUCUGCCAGCUGAAGGUUCUAGAAGUUGGAGCCCUGCAAGCAGUCUACGAACUUGAGCACAUUCUGAGCAGGUUUCUGGAAGAAAACUCUGAUCCUUCUGCCUUCGAAAUUCAGGAGGAGUUAGAACAAUACACAGCCAAAAUCGUACAGAACAACCUCCUGGGACCCCAGGGAGCACACGUGAAGAAUGUCUGUGAGAGCAGGAGCAAGCUCGUUGCCCACUUCUGGAAGACACACAUGAGUGCUAAGCGGUGUCCCCACUGCAAGACCGGGCGGUCAGUUGUCCGUAAGGAGCACAACAGCAAACUGACAAUCACGUAUCCAGCCAUAGCACACAAGAAAAGUAACCAGAAGGACGCAGAGACCCCGGCUCCAGGCAUUGAGGAUGCUCAGCUGGGAAAACGAGGAUACUUGACACCCACCAGUGCCCGAGAACACCUCAUCACUCUCUGGGAGAACGAAGGAUUCUUUCUGAAUUACCUUUUUUUGGGACUGGAAGAUGUUGGCAUGGAGUCCAGAUUCAAUCCCAGUAUGUUCUUUCUAGACUUCUUAGUGGUGCCACCCUCAAGGUACCGUCCGGUCAGUCGCCUGGGGGACCAGAUGUUUACCAAUGGCCAGACGGUGAACUUGCAGGCUGUCAUGAAGGACAUAGUUCUGAUCCGGAAGCUUCUGGCAUUGAUGGCCCAAGAACAGAAGCUGCCAUACGAGGUGGCAGCACCUGCCACAGAUGAGGAAAAAGACUCUUCGAUUGUUAUGGACCGCUCCUUUUUAAGUAUCCUUCCAGGCCAGUCCCUCACAGACAAGCUGUACAACAUCUGGAUUCGCCUUCAGAGCCAUGUCAAUAUUGUGUUUGAUAGUGAAAUGGACAAAUUAAUGAUGGAAAAGUACCCUGGCAUUAGACAGAUUCUGGAAAAGAAGGACGGCCUGUUCCGAAAGCACAUGAUGGGGAAGCGAGUAGACUACGCAGCCCGCUCCGUCAUCUGCCCAGACAUGUACAUCAACACCAACGAGAUUGGAAUUCCCAUGGUAUUUGCCACAAAACUGACCUACCCUCAGCCAGUAACCCCCUGGAACGUUCAGGAACUGAGACAGGCAGUCAUCAAUGGCCCCAAUGUGCACCCGGGAGCCUCCAUGGUCAUCAAUGAGGAUGGCAGUCGUACAGCCCUGAGUGCCUCAGACCUCACCCAGCGAGAAGCUGUGGCCAAACAGCUCCUGACACCAGCCACAGGGGCUCCCAAACCCCAAGGGACAAAAAUUGUGUGCCGGCAUGUGAAGAACGGGGACAUUCUCCUGCUGAACCGACAGCCCACCCUGCACAGACCUUCCAUCCAGGCCCACCACGCCCGGAUCCUGCCGGAAGAGAAGGUCCUGCGGCUCCACUAUGCCAACUGCAAGGCCUACAACGCUGAUUUUGAUGGAGACGAGAUGAACGCUCACUUUCCCCAGAGUGAGCUGGGCCGGGCCGAGGCCUGCAUCCUGGCUUGCACUGAUCAGCAGUACCUGGUUCCCAAGGAUGGCCAGCCAUUAGCAGGCUUGAUCCAAGAUCACAUGGUUUCAGGUACAAGCAUGACCAUUCGGGGUUGCUUCUUCACCCGAGAGGAAUAUAUGGAGCUGGUGUACCGAGGACUCACAGACAAAGUGGGGCGUGUGAAGAUCUUUCCUCCUGCCAUUCUGAAGCCCUUUUGCCUGUGGACAGGAAAGCAGGUUGUAUCUACACUGCUAAUAAACAUAAUCCCAAAGGACCACAUCCCACUGAACUUAACAGGAAAGGCGAAAAUCGGUGGAAAAGCCUGGGUGAAGGAACCUCCCCGACCUGUUCCAGGCUUUAACCCUGACUCUAUGUGCGAGUCCCAGGUGAUCAUCAGGGAAGGGGAGCUGCUGUGUGGAGUGCUGGACAAGGCGCACUACGGGAGCUCUGCCUACGGCCUGGUCCACUGCUGCUAUGAGAUCUACGGGGGUGAGACCAGUGGCAAGGUUCUCACCUGCCUGGCCCGCCUCUUCACUGCCUACUUGCAGCUCUACAGAGGCUUCACCUUGGACGUAGAAGACAUUUUGGUUAAGCCAAAGGCAGAUGUCAAGAGGCACAGGAUCAUCGAAGAGUCCACCCACUGUGGGGCCCGGGCUGUCAGGGCUGCAUUAAACCUGCCAGAAGCUGCAUCCUGUGAUGAAAUCCGAGGGAAGUGGCAGGAUGCCCAUCUGGGCAAAGACCAGAGGGAUUUUAACAUGAUUGAUCUGAAGUUCAAGGAGGAAGUGAACCAUUACAGCAAUGAGAUUAACAAGGCGUGCAUGCCGUUUGGCCUGCACAGACAGUUUCCUGAGAACAACUUGCAAAUGAUGGUGCAGUCUGGUGCCAAAGGCUCAACUGUAAACACAAUGCAGAUCUCCUGCCUACUGGGCCAGAUUGAACUGGAAGGUCGGAGACCCCCGCUGAUGGCAUCUGGCAAGUCGCUGCCCUGCUUUGAGCCGUAUGAAUUCACUCCCAGGGCUGGCGGCUUCGUCUCCGGCAGAUUCCUCACCGGCAUCAGGCCUCCUGAGUUCUUCUUUCACUGCAUGGCCGGGCGAGAAGGCCUGGUCGACACUGCUGUGAAGACCAGCCGCUCCGGCUACCUCCAAAGGUGCAUUAUCAAGCACCUGGAGGGGCUGGUGGUCCAGUAUGACCUGACAGUCCGCGACAGCGACGGCAGCGUGGUGCAGUUCCUCUAUGGGGAGGACGGCCUGGACAUCCCCAAGACACAGUUCCUGCAGCCCAGGCAGUUUCCCUUCCUUGCCAGCAACUGCGAGGUGAUAAUGAAAUCCAAGCAUGUCCAUGAAGUUUUAUCCAGAGCAGAUCCCCAGAAAGCUCUCCGCCACUUCAGAGCCAUCAAAAAGUGGCAAAGCAAGCAUCCCAACACCUUGCUGCGAAAAGGUGCCUUCCUGAGUUACUCCCAGAAAGUGCAGGCGGCUGUGAAGGCCCUGAACCUCGAAGGUGGCAACCAGAAUGGCCGCAGCCCCAUGACUCACGAGAUGCUGAGGAUGUGGUAUGAGUUAGAUGAGCAGAGCCGAAGGAAAUACCAGAAGAAGGCAGCCCCCUGUCCUGACCCCAGUCUGUCUGUCUGGCGCCCAGACAUACACUUUGCGUCAGUGUCGGAAACAUUUGAAAAAAAGGUUGACGCCUACAGUUGCGAGUGGGCAUCCCGAGCAGAGAAGAGCUAUGAGAAAUCAGAGCCUUCUCUCGAGAGGUUGAGGACCCUGCUGCAGUUGAAGUGGCAGCGCUCACUCUGUGACCCGGGCGAGGCUGUGGGCCUGCUGGCUGCCCAGAGCAUCGGGGAACCCUCCACACAGAUGACCCUGAACACCUUCCACUUCGCUGGCAGAGGCGAGAUGAAUGUCACCCUGGGCAUUCCAAGGUUGAGGGAGAUUCUCAUGGUAGCCAGCGCCAACAUCAAGACACCCAUGAUGAGCGUGCCCGUGUUCAACACCAAGAAAGCGCUGAAGAGAGUGAAGAGCCUGAAAAAGCAGCUUACCAGAGUGUGCUUAGGGGAGGUGCUACAGAAAAUAGAUGUCCAGGAGUCGUUCCGUAUGGAAACAAAACAAGAGAAAUGCCGGGUGUACCAGCUGCGAUUUCAGUUCCUGCCACAUGCCUGUUACCAGCAGGAGAAGUGCCUGAGACCCGAGGACAUCCUGCGCUUCAUGGAGACGAGAUUUUUUAAACUUCUGAUGGAAUCCAUCAGAAAGAAGAAUAGUAAAGCUUCAGCUUUCAGAAAUGUAAACACUCGAAGAGCUACCCAGCGUGAUCUAGACAACACUGGGGAAUCAAGGAGGAAUCGGGAGCAGGAAGAUGAGGAGGAGGAGGAGCGCAUUGUGGACGCUGAAGCUGAGGAAGGGGACGCUGAUGCCUCUGAUGCCAAACGCAGGGAGAAGCAAGAGGAGGAGGUUGAUUAUGAGAGCGAGGAAGAGGAGGAGAAGGAAGGGGAGGAGAAUGAGGAUGAGGACAUGCAAGAGGAAGGAAGCGUCUCUGGUGAAGGCACCGAGGAGCAGGACCAAGAGGUGGGCCCUGGCCCAGAGGAGGACAUGUCCCUGCCACAGCCGCGGAAAGCUGCCCGUGGCCAGGGACCCCAGGGAGCGGAGGCCGAGGAGCGCCGUAUCCAGGCUGUGCGCGAGUCCCACGCGUUCAUUGAGGACUAUAAGUACGACACCGAGGAGAGCCUGUGGUGUGAGGUGACGGUGAAGCUCCCUCUGAUGAAGAUCAGCUUUGACAUGAGCUCCCUGGUGGUGUCCUUGGCCCAAGGCGCUGUUGUCCAUGCGACCAAGGGCAUCACCCGCUGCCUCCUGAAUGAAACGACCAACAAGAUGAACGAGAAGGAGCUUGUCUUAAACACAGAAGGAAUCAACCUCCCCGAGCUGUUCAAGUAUGCUGAGGUUCUGGAUCUGCGCCGCCUCUAUUCCAACGACAUCCAUGCAAUGGCCAACACAUAUGGCAUAGAGGCUGCACUGCGGGUGAUUGAGAAGGAGAUCAAGGACGUGUUUGCAGUGUAUGGCAUUGCAGUCGACCCUCGUCAUCUCUCCCUGGUCGCCGAUUAUAUGUGCUUUGAGGGUGUUUACAAGCCGCUGAACCGCUUUGGGAUCCGGUCAAACUCCUCCCCUCUGCAGCAGAUGACGUUUGAAACCAGCUUCCAGUUUCUGAAGCAAGCCACCAUGAUGGGGUCCCACGAUGAGCUGCGGUCCCCUUCCGCCUGCCUGGUGGUUGGGAAAGUUGUCAAGGGUGGGACAGGCCUGUUUGAACUCAAGCAGCCCCUGAGAUAGCAGCCACCAUGGCACCGCCAAUGGCCGGGAGAACCUGGAUGUGGGCGUAGCCUGGCCCCCUACUUACAGAGUGCACGAGGACUGGGAGGCUGGACUCCAAGGGGUAGUGUGAAGUGAUGGUGUGGGGCACAACUGAUCUUGGGGCUUCGGAAAGCAGCUGGCCUCUGGACCAGACCAGCUUCACCUGGAAAGGUGAUAAUCCCCUGUUUGGGGAUUGUCUGCAAGAUUUAGGAUGUUUUCUGAGGCCCUGCACUGGGGCUGGAGCUUCACUGAGCUGCAGAGCAAGGCAAAAUCCCCAAAGAGAAGCCCCAGGGCUGGGUACUGGGAAGACUCGGGGGAGCAAUAUGAUCCGGGACUGCAGCAGUGACUGCAGGUGGGAUUCCGGGGACUCCCCUUCUGCCACACCUGCUCCUGCCGUCGUCACCAGCCCCCGGGGCAAAGUUCCAAACGAGUUUCCACCCAAGGGUUGUUCUCCUGGGCCAAGCAAGGGUUGCACAGUUCUCCACACUCUCAACUUGUAUGCCUGGACCAGGGUCCUUGCCAAGCGUCCUUCCAGGCCAGAUCAGCCCUGGGCCUGGGAGUGGUCUCUCAGGCCCAGCAGCUCACACCCACACAUCCAUGCCCCAAGUCAUCCUCUGGGCUGGGAUACUGGAAUGAGUCUGGCUGUCCCUGGCUCUGUGCUCGCGUCCACGGUGAAGCCUGUGUUCCUUCUGGUGGGCCUUGCUCUCAGGUCACCCAGGCUCGCUCUCCUUGGCACCAGCAGCACGGUGCCCACACACAAAGGCUUUGUAAAGCCAGAGGCAGUUUCUAUUUUAAUCUAAUGUUAUUCCAACUCAGGCUGAGUAAUAAACAUCACUGGGACUAGCUGUUGGGAUAGGAAAAAAGACCUGGGGUUUUUUGUUUUUUUGCUUGGUUUGCGGUUUCUGCAUUUGUGAGUUGAGAGCCCAGGACUGAGAUUUCUCAGCAGACAAGCUCAGCACAGUCAGAUCUUGGGUUCCUCUUCCUGUUCCUGUCAGAGGAAGUGGGGAGAGUUCAGCCCCGGUAGCCCCCAUCACCCAGGGUGGCCCCUCCAGUGCCCACCCUCCUGAGCCAGCCCUGGCCCUGUGGCCAGAAAAGCAGAAGCCUGUGGGCAGGGAUUGUGCUGACUUUGGUCUGGAAUGGGAAGGGCUGUUAUCCAUGACCUUGGUCUGGGGGUUUAAAGGAGAGGCCUUGCCAGGGGGACAGUGGCUGGGCCAUGCCCUCCAGGCACUGGUUUUUCUUCCUUCCCUGUUCCCCUCUACAGACACAUGAAGGGCACAGCCCAUGUCUCCCACGUCCCCACUAGGGAAAAACCUGGCAGAAAUGGGAACUUGUAACAUACCGGGUACACCAGGGCUUGGUACAGAGGAAUAAGGACAGCUUGGAGGGAGGGGGGCGGGAAGGGUAUAGGAAGAAGAGGUUCCAUGAACCAUGCAUUAAAGAUGCCCAGCCUACAGGGGGAGGUGCUGAUUCUUUGAGUUAAAGGGCAAAUUCACAGUUUAAGUGUUCUCACUUAAACAAAUGGAAACCGGGGCGGCAUAGUGGUUAAGUGCUAUGGCUGUUAACCAAAAGACCAGUAGUUCGAAUCCACCUAGGCGCUCCUUGGAAACUCUGUGGGGCAGUUCUGCUUUGUCUUAUAGGGUCGCUAUGGUCGGAAUCGACUUGACAGCAGUGGGUUUGGUUUUUGGUACUUAAACGAGUGGAGGGAGAGGGCCCUCCAGUAAGACCACCAAGCAGCCUGGGGCUGUGACAUCCUGUGGAUGCAGGGGCCUGGGCUCAGCCCCAGGCGCUGCGUGCAGGGAGAUGCAGGAGCCCUCCCUGCAUCUAGACCCUCAGUCUGUGUUGGGGUGGGAGGUGGUAGAUGCCUGCCCUUCCGGCCCCAGUUUGUCCCGACAUUUCCUGGGUAGCUGUUUUCCAGGCGCUUCCCUCCGCCUGAGCACACGCGCUCACAGGGCUUGAGUGUCAAAGAGCACACUGGGUUUUGAAGGUGACAUUGCAGAGCUUGCAUGUGGUGACACGCGAGGAAACUGUCGCUGUGGUCCACUUGUGGGAUUGCACCUUCACCUCAGUGGCCCUGCCUGUCCAGAAGCCUCUGAGUGUGGCCUCCUCAGCAGUUGAAGGUGGUGUAUUUGCUGGAAUAGUCUCAGGAUUGUAAAUGCCCUUUCUCUGAGGGUGCCCUCAGUUUGGGGGAAGAGCCACAAGUAGGUCUGAGCCAAAUCUGAUGAAGAACAUGGAUCACGCGUAACACGGUUUUAGUCAAAACAGAAUGAAGUGUGCGCUGGGGUUCCCAAACUCCUGAAGCUGUGAGUUCUUCCACCAGCCCCUGUCCUGGGACGUCCUUCUCCUGUGGGUGUUCAUGUGGCAGUGUCCACACCUACUCAUUUUUUAAGAUUCAGUUUUAAAAAGAUCUUUCUCAUCUCAUCAGAAACACUACCAACGUUCCCACGGUUACCCCUUUGAGUCUUUGAGACAUUUUCUGUCCUGAAUCAGGUAGGAAGAAAACUCAGGAAUGGCUGAAGUAUCUUGUCAGGUUCCUGGUCUGGAACUUGAACCUUCCUUUUUCUCCCCUGUCCCCCUACUCCCAAAUACAUGUGUUUUCCUCACCCUCACCGAGCUUUUCGGGCCUGUUUUAGGCCAUUACUUUAAUAAGCUACUUUGUUAAGGCGUCCUUCCUGUGUUGUCUCCCUCCUCCCCACAGGGCUGGUUUUAAUCAGACACUGGGGCCCUGAGGUGAUCUGUACCUACAGGGGCUUAAGAACCACAAGUGUCUGUUGGUUGCCAGUCUUAAGAUUUCAAGCUUACAAAUUGAGUUGGGGAUAUAGGAGUCUGGAAAAGCUCUUGAAGUAGGAAAAGCUGGCCCUUAAAGGAUGAAGAGGCAUUCCAUCUGGCCUCUCCUGAGUGGAGCAGGCCCCGGGACAACAGGUGAGUGAGGCCAUCUUGUGCCUCUGUCUUAGAGGUUUAGGUAACUCAGUUUGCUGGACCCACCUACUGCAGGUCUCCCAGUCCUGGUGUAAUUUUCUCUCUCCUGCCUUGCCUACUUAGGGUUUUUACUUUUGAUCACAAUCACCAAAAUAAGUACAGUCAGAAUUUUUUAAAUUCCUACACAGUCAAGCCUCCCUUUUUGCCAAAGGCUACUUAGGCCAGGGUUCUCCAUCCUGCACAAUGGAGCCACCUGGGGAGGUUUUACAUUCUGACUCCAGAGCACAAGCUACCCAGAGGUGAUGAUUUCAUUGCCCUGGCGUGUAGCCUGGGCACUGUGAGUUUUUGAACAUCUCCAGGAGAGCCUAAUAUGCAGUGGGGUGAGGACCACUGACUUAGCCCUUUUGUUUCUACGUUUUUUCUCAAAUUUUUUUUGGUGGCAUGUGUUUUCAGUAUUGGAAUGCAUGCUUGCUAAUUGAAACCCUUUGCCAGAGUUGACCCUAUAGGACAGAGUAGAACUGUCCCAUAGGAUUUCUAAGGAGUGGCUGGUGGAUUCAAACUGCUGACCUUUUGGUUUGCAGCUGUAGCUCUUAACCACUGAGGCACCAGGGCUCCCUACUAAUUGAGUGUGUUUAAAUUUUUGGUUGGUAGUAUGGAUUUUGAGAAAUAUGAUCCAGUGAUACAAGCCACUGGUUAAGGGGCGUGGCACUCUGGCGCCGCCAAGGUGUGGUAUGGCAAUAUACCAGUGACAACUACAUAAGUAAUUUAUUGUGGUUACAUAGGGAACCUCUGGUUUUCAAAUAUGUUACAGAAACACCAAAACAAACCCAUCAGGUCUCCCUCACUGUCACACAGGAAAGCCGUAAUUACGCCUGUCAGCCUUAUCUCACAGAAAUAAAGGGGGUGGGGGGAAGCAAAAUUUACAAAACUAACACAUCCAGGAAGCAUCAUGACUUAAUAGAAAGCUGAACUCUGGUCUGCUGAGCUUCACGUGUUUCAAAAGGGACUCACCUUGACACUAAAUGCAUUAGAACCCAGGUAAUACCUUACCUCUGGGGUCGAGGAAUAAAAUCGGCUGGCAUGCCAUUUAUGCCAAUGGUAACGAAAGAGACUGACUACUCAACUAUGAAAACUCGCAGUGCGAUGGUUUAAGGAGUGAGUCGCUGACCCUAGGUCUCCGUGAAGGCCUGACUGCUGCUUUCAAAAAAACUGUGUGUGUGUGCAUGAGCUGAGAUGUUCAUGGUGCCAAGGUAGAUGUCUUCAGGGACACAGUGGAGUUCAAGGAGGCUGCAGUUUUACCUGGCAGCUCAGCAAAGCCUAAAGGAAGAUCAGACAAGAAGUGUGACACUUCCAGCCAGAAAGCAGAGAGCCUGAAGCUACAGUCCCGCCCAGCACAUGAGUGAGGCUGCUUGUUCAGCUCAAAAGUUCCUCUCAUCAGGCACCAAGGGCCAGGGAAGGGGACUCUGAACAGGCCAGUGUUUCUUAGGAACAAUGCUAGUGAGAAGCAGGCCAGUGCAAUCCCAUUUAAAAAGUGAAACCUUGUUUGAUGAGGAUUGUACCUCAUGUUCCCUAGAUAGUGCCUCUCUCCUCCUGCCUGUGAGUGGAUACAAUUCACAACUCCUUACAGCUCCAGUUUCACAGGCCAGGGCAAGGCCCAGAACCUGGUUUCAGGAACAGGGCUGAGCCAGAGGCAUGGGGUGGUGGUGGUGGCUGUUAAGGGGGGACACCUACUCCCUGGCGCAAGUCCAAGGGGGCACCAGACGAGGCAUUGAAUAACAUUCCAAGGUGUCACAAAUACGGAAGACGUCCGACAUAUCCAGACAAGGAGGGAAAGUGUUUCUGCUGACACAGGGCCAAUAUCAAUGUGUCUUCCUUCAUCUUGAAAUGGGCGGGGGCCGGGGCACAAUUUAGAGGUAGCCUCUGGGCACAGGUUACCUUCUCCAAGCCUCUGGGCUGAGCACCUCAGUUCACCUUGACUGGGCUCUGGUUUCACGCAGUUGCUCGGGUGACUGACCUUGAACAAGUCUAGGACCUAAGGGGUUUGGGCUCCAUGGCCUAGAAGGCACAUUCCAACCCAAAGAUCCCUGACCUUCCCCCAUCCUAAGACAGAGGUCCCCAGGUUGCGGAAAAUUCCAUCACCUCAAGCAGCUUGCUUGGCACCCUCAGUAGCUUUACAUUAACAUCCUGGCUCCCCUUUCCUUAACUCCUGCCCAGAACUAGAGGAAAUAGGCAGAAACUGGUAUAGGUGCCAGGUGGACAUUCUGGAUAAACUCUUAGCUGAUUAAAUGCCUUGUACGUAGUUACUUCCCCACCUCUGGGUGGAGUUUAACCUCCCUUUUCUGAACACACCAUGCGUGAAGUUAUAUGUAAACCCAACUGUGCCUGUGUAGUAUGAUUAAGAAUAUUGCUGAUGUAACUUGUAUGAAUUUCCUGCUUUUAAACCCCACAAAAGUAACCUCUCUCACCCUUGCUGAGCAGUCUUGGCAGCAGCAGUCCUGAGUGUUCUUUCCUUGUGCAAUAAAAUAAAAGUGCCUUUCUGAUCUCCCACCCCAGUCUCUCGUU